AGCUUUUCAACAGGUGCAUCCUGGCUACUUACUGCGCAUGCGCGUGUCGCGGACGGUUCCAUCGGAGAUUUUUCCAAUCAAGCUCUUGACGGAAACACAAACUCUAAACUAAAAUUCAUUUUGUGUCUUUUGUGAACACAACUCGAGGUAAAGUGAUUUAUUUGGUGUCUAACUGCUGCCUUCGGAGUCUCGAGUGGUGGAAAAGCGGAAAAGAAGUACUUUCCCCUUAACUGACUCCAGCCUCAUGGAUUACUACAGCCGGCUUCCGAGGCGACGCCACAACCCGGUGGACAGCAUCUGCCGCAAGCUGCAGACCAUUCGCUGGCGCGGUGACCGCGAGCCCAAUUCCCCCUUCCAGAUCCCCAAGCUCUCCUCCAGCAGCUUCGACAGCCCGCAGUGCGGCCUCAGGCGCAACCUGGAAGCCAUCCUGAAGAAGGGCGCCCGCUGCAAAGACCAGCAUCAGCAUCAGAAGAUGCCCAGCUCUGCUCAUCCCCAGAACAACAUGGGUCCCCCUGUGCCGCCCUGCACCCCCGCGAGCCCCUCCCCCACGCCGGCCAACGUCACCUACACCAUCACCAGCACCUUUGGCAGCGACGUGAAGCCCUUCAAAGCCUGGCAGAGGUACUGCUCCACCCCCUCCGGCCACUCCAAAGACUCCCGUUCCCCGGUGUUCGCUGGCAGCGGCGCCCAGACUGAGGCCAGCGAGAGCCCACCGCUCUCUUGCACCUUCACCCCCAUGCCCAGCACCAGCACCAGCACCAGCACCAGCACCAGCACCAGCACCAGGUCCUACUGCCUCAACUUCAGCUCUGCCAACACGGGGAACUCCUCAGACUCGGACCUGCCCUAUCCUGCCCUGGUAGUCAAAAGACUGUCCCUGGGAGACGGAGGAGACGACAACAACAUGGCAGAAGUCAGCCUCAUCUGCGAGGAGAAUCUGCUGGACACCAUCUUCCACGCCUGCGACACGCAGCGCAGAGGCAAAGUGUACGUGUCUCACAUCGUGGACUACCUGCGACACACCACCAGCCGCCACCCUGAGGACAGUGGACUGGAGGAUCUCUGCAACAUGCUGGACCCCGAGCGCAAAGAUGUCUCCAUCGACCUGGACACCUACCACGCCAUCAUGAGGGAGUGGAUAGAUGACUGCCGCAACAACGGGGAAGAAGAAGAAGAAGCAGCAGAAGAAGAUGUAACCCAGGACUCCAUCAAACUGAGGGACACUCUUUCUGCCAAGAGGUCGAUGCUGCUCAACAUGACUUCCGGAAGCUUGGAGGGAUUUGGAGGGGAUGCCUCAAGAGCCGAAUUCGAGACGUCGGAGCUGGUCUGCUGCGUGGCCGACCUCCAGAUGGGCAACAAGAAGCUCCAGGAGGAGGUGAAGAAGCUGAAGCAGGCGGCGGAGGCCAUGGAGGAGAGCAACCUCAGGCUGGCGGAGGAGAACCAGGAGCUGCGCGGCCAGGCCCGAGUGCACCAGCAGGCGGCCAGCACGGAGAAGAUGCUGAAAGAGGAGGUGGAGGAGAUGAAAGCCACUCUGAGCUGCACAGAGGAAGGCAGAGCUCGCGCCUCCGCACACUGCAAACACGUGGAGAAAGAAAAGCAAGGUCUGAUGGCCGACGUUGCAUCUCUUCAAGAGGAGAACUACAAGGUCAGCGUGGCCGUGGACAAACUUCACAAGAGGAUAGCGGAGCUGUGUGACCUCAACGCUGACCUUCAGCUGCAGGUUCAUUCUUCUGACGCGGCCAUGGGGGAGAAGGAGGCUCUAAUACGAGAGAAGAGCAGGCAGAUAGACGAGUUGAAGGCAGCAGUGGAAGAAUACUCCUCCAUCACAGAGCUGCUGAGGGCGGACAAGAGCAAGCUGGAGACUCAGAUGCAGAUGAUCCAUCCUGACCUGGCCGGUGCAGGACUAUCUCUCUCCGUGGCCUACAGGUUGAACCAGAGUCCCUGUGGAUCCCUGCAGACUGAACUGGCCCUGGCUCAGUCCCCACUGGAGUCCGUGGAUCACUUCUCCAGCGGCGUGAGCUUUGCGUCGCCGCUGGACGAGACGCUGGACAGGGAGGUGCUCCUGAUGAUGCGGGGAUCCAGUCCUGAUCGCAUGGCCCUGGAGUUCAAGACCCUCGUGAAGACACUGAAGACGGACUUCAGUCACCACACCAGCGCUGUCCUGUCCUCACUCAAAGCCUUGGUGGACGAGGGCCACUCGGACGCCGGCCUUCAGGCCCAGCUGGACGCCAGGCGGGAGGACUGGGCCCUCGGCCUGGACCGGCUCGCUCGCUACACCGACUCCAUCGAGAAGGAGCUGAUCAAAAUGGCGGGUAACUUGAGGAGGUCCCGCACUGAGAUCCUGCACCUUUCCGUCAGGGUGCAGGAGCAGGAGAACCAGAAGCGACAGCUUUGUGAGGAGCUGAAGACCCCUCAGGACAGCAGGGAGGCCUCAUGCCAGACCCCCGUGCCAGAGGAGACCGGGGACGAUCUGGAAUGGGACGAGGAAUACGCCCUGCAAGACUUCCUGAAAAAGGAAAUUGCGGAGAGCAACUGUCAAGUGCAGGACCACGAGAGGGAGAGCAACGCUGAGGGGGCCCCCAAGGGGGCCGAGGAGGAGGACGAGGCGGAGAAGUGGAUGGUGGUGGACGGCACGGGUGACGGAGAAGUGAGGGACACGUCCACUCCCGUGUCUGCAGGUAGAGGAGGGUCCGCUCAGUCCCAGACAGAGGUGAAGACACACUGUUUGCAGGAGGAGGCAGCGGCGCCAUCAUCAGACGCCCACUCACAAGCUGGCAGCCACCAGCACCUCCAGGCGGACGCCUACUCAGAGGAGCACGACCCACGUGAGACGGCAUUGUCUCAGCCUGCCGAGGCGGUCCAGGACGUGAGCGCCUCACCUGGUCAGGAUCCAGCAGUCAAGCUCUCAGAUGAUGUCACCUUCCAGCCAGACAGCGUGCAGCUGACUGGCGAGGACCCCGAGGAGAGCCACACCACAAAGAGCCUGACCUCGGACCACUUGACCUCCACGUCAGCAGCAGAGGACACCGCACGCCUGCUUCCUGUGGUUGUCGAGGAGGAAGAGAGCGCGCAGCAGAGCAGCACGGCGGCUCCAACAGAAGCAGGGACAGAGCAGCCCGCCGCACUAACUGCCGCGGGCUGUCAGCAGUCGAGCGUGGUCCAGAGCAGCCAAUCGGAGAGCGGCAUGGCCAGCAUGACCUCUGACCCCGGCCAAGUGGAAGGCAAAAAGGAGUGCAAUGAGAAGACUAAGAAUGAACUGGAGCAGUCACAUGACUCUGCAGACGCCCCAAAGGUGGAGGAGAGCAAAGUGGAGGUUCCUGCAGCCCCUGAGAGAGAAGCUGAGUCAUCAACUAUCUGUGACCAAGGUGACGCCUGCAGAGACGACAAGAACAGCCUCUCUGCCAGUGAAAAAGAGAUUGAGACGGAGUUCCAGCGCCUGGCCCUCGGCUUGAAGUGUGACAUGUUCACCUUGGAGAAGAGGCUGCGUCUGGAGGAGAGGUCACGUGACCUGGCUGAGGAGAACGUGCGCAGGGAGGUGUCCAGCUGCCAGGGUCUACUGCAGGCUCUGACCCCGCUAUGUGAGGACGACAACCAGUCCAUGGAGAUCAUCCACAGGCUGCAGAAGAACCUGGACAUCCUCAUCCAGUCCAUGACGCGCGUGUCCAGUCGCUCUGAGAUGCUGGGGGCCAUCCAUCAGGAGAGUCGCAUCGGCAAGGCGGUGGAGGUGAUGAUCCAGCACGUGGAGAACCUGAGGAGGGUCUACACCAAGGAGCACGCAGAACUGCUGGAGCUGCGAGAGACGCUGAUGCACAACGAGAGGUCGUUUGGCUCGCACACGGAACGAGCAGACGAGCUGCGCGGCAAGAAGCCCCCCACGUCCCAGUACUACAAGUCGUCCACCCGGCGGGUUAGCAUCGCAGCCAUACCGCGCUCUGCUGGAGGCAACAUGCACUACGACAUGAGCAAACAACAGGACGGUGCAGACAGCGAGGCAGAAAGAGUGACCAGGAGAGCUCCAUGGAAUGCGGCCGGCAAGAACAUGGCACGCCCCCCGCUUAAGCGCUUUGUUAGCUCUGCGGCCUGGGUUGACACCGAGGAGCCCUCUGGCGUGAUGAAGGGGACGGGGCGCCACACCUCGGACCCCCAGUGUGGCGAGGAGCCGGAGGAGCCGGUGGCGGAGAAGAGGAGGUCCAGCCUCAGCGAGCUGGGCAGCAGACUGACCUCCUUCAUUCUGCCGCUCAAGACGUUAGUGCCUCUAAAUACGCCGCCAGAGAGUGAGGAGGAACUCUUUGUCAUGCUUCCCAGCUCCUCCUCCAGCCCGGCGUCUUCAGACCCAGCCAUAUGCCCGUCUCUGCCCCAGUCCUUGACUUCCUCCCGGGUGGCGACGGCGGCCCGGGGCAGCCGGGGGCUCUGGCUAUGGUUGGCCAUGGUUCUGGUUCUCGCAGGUCUGGUGGCGCUGUUGGCCAGCCUGGUGAUGCAGCCCGCGGUGGACGCGGCCCCUGUGGGCACCGGGGACUCCUGGAUGACCAUCCAGCAGCUUCUGUGGCCUUACGCCGGCCUGCGGCACAACGGCCAGCCCCCAGUCUAGUCCCUCCUGUGGACCGGGUGCUGCGAGCCUGGGGGGGCGUGGCUAACGCAAAUGGGAGGUUCUUGUUGUCACGAACUAGUUGCCCAACUAGUUUGUGUGCACGGCAAGCAGCUGAGGACAUUUUGUUAGUUGCCCAACAUCCUUCACAUUAUCAUGCAGUCGUCAAUCAGUAUUUCUUGUCCGUCAAACUCCAAAUUUAGACUUUUAUUUUGGCGCCACACAACGGCUUUUUAAACCCGAGUCCUUUUUAUAUCACUUUUUAAGCUAAUAAUAAAAUAUUUUAAAAGAGUGUUUAAUGUAUAUUUAUGACUUUUGGAGUGGGUGACAUGUACAUUUAGAUUUUAACCACCAAAGGUUGUGUUUUGCUGUGAUGGUCACACUUUUGUAAUAUUUCCAAGAAGAUGAUUUGCAUUAAUAAACGAGCCAAUUCUGCAA